AUGGCACGAAAAGGAAAUCCGAUUUCGGUAAGACUCGAUCUGAAUCGUAGUUCAGAUUCAAGUCGGUUCAGUGAGGGCGACCGCGAAAGUCACCGAAAGGGUCAGUCUUUUCCUUCAUUUAGGCUUGACUUAUUCGAACCGAACGAUAGCGGCUUAAAGCUAAGCCUAUCACGAGCAGCGUCGCUGCUUGAUCGGCGGGGAGAAGCAUCUCAAAGUAUGGGGCAAAGGAUCAAGCGCUUUGACUUUGUCUCCCGGGAUUCACCACAGCAAGAAAGAAGCGGCUAUUCCCACGGCGGAGUCACCAUUGACUCUAUUUAUUAUUAUGGUAAAUUAGUGUAUCAAGAUGUCAAUCUGAGAUCUUAUUUCGGUUCGAUACGUCCACCUGCGAGACUAACCUUUGGCUUUCGUCUCGGUAGGUGUAUUCUUAUACAUUUUCCCAAAAGAACAUUCAUUCAUUUCUUUCUUCCCCGUCGACCACGACGACUGAAACGACGCAAAAAAUCCAGACCCGGAAAGGAGAAGGGCCGGCGGUGGGCAUUUGGGAAAGUCGGGCCGAUCGGGUGUCUUCAUUCCAGCGACAAUACAGAAGAAGAACGAAACGAAGUGAGAGGCCGGAGGGCAGGGAAAAGAGUCGAGUCGAUCAGGCUCGACGACCGGGAGAAGCAAAACGAAAUUCGGAUUUGGCCGAAAAAGAAGCAACGCUAUGGAUACCAUGACCGAUCACCAUCGAUAAAGAAGAAUCUUUCUAAAUCACUUCGGGUCAGCGGGGCCUUCAAGCAUCCGAAAUACGCCGGGGUUGUCAAUGACAUAGCGUUCCUGAUAGAAAAUGACGACUCCUUCAGAAAAAGGAAGUUCUUUAAGUUAUUUUUACCCAAUAAGUCCCGCUCCGACGGCCCGACGAGUCAUCUAUUUAAAAGGACCCUCCCUGCAGUGCGCCCCUCCUUGAAUUAUUCGGUAAUGCAAUACUUAUUGAAUAGAAAGAACCAAAUGCAUUUCGACCCCGUCGUAGUUCUCAAUCAUUUCGUGGCACCGGGCGUGGCUGAACCAUCAACGAUGGGGGGAGCGAAACAGGGAAGAGGCUUAGAUAAGAGAAUACGUUCUCGCAUCGCUUUUUUUGUAGAAAGCUCGACCAGCGAGAAAAAGUGUUUGGCCGAAGCCAAAAAGAGGUUGACCCACUUCAUUCGCUUGGCGAAUGAUCUUCGCUUCGCGGGAACAACAAAAACAACCAUCUCGCUCUUUCCUUUCUUCGGUGCUACCUUUUUCUUUCCAAGGGAUAGAGUGGGUUUUUAUAAGAACCUUUCUUUUGAGGAUGCCCGGGAACCACUCCUAGGUAAAUUAAGGAUCAAAUGUUGGAACCUCAUGGGUAAGGAUAAGGUAAUGGAAUUGAUAGAGAAAUUAAUAGACCUAGGUAGGAUAGGAGAAUGGAUAAAGGGAAUAGAGAUGAUGAUAGAGAUCAUACUGAGAAACAGAAGAAUUCCGUACGGGUACAACUCUUAUUUGAACGAAGUGAAAAAAAUGCGAUCUUUGUUGUCUAAUAGAACAAACACGAAUACCUUAAUUGAGUCGGUCAAGAUCAAAUCUGUUUAUCAAAGUGCUUCUCCGAUUGCUCAAGACAUUUCUUUUCAACUGAGAAAGAAAACAAGAUCAUUUCGUUCCAUUUUUAGUAGAAUAGUUAAGGAUAUUCCAUUAGUAAUGAAAAAAGGGGUUGAGGGGAUCCGUAUAUGUUGUUCAGGUCGAUCAGAAGGCGCAGAAAUAGCUAGAACUGAAUGCGGAAAGUAUGGAAAAACAUCUCAUAAUGUAUUUAACCAGAAAAUCGAUUAUGCUUCUGCGGAAGUAUCUACUCGUUACGGAAUCUCAGGCAGAUGUAGUAGGGGUUGCAAACCAGACGGAACAAAACUUGGUUUUGGAAGAUAUGGCACUCAAAGUUGUAGAGCUGGGCGUCUUUCAUAUCGAGCCAUUGAAGCAGCGCGUCGGGCUAUAAUCGGACACUUCCAUCGUGCUAUGAGCGGACAAUCCCGAAAAAAUGGUAAGAUAUGGGUAAGAGUUUUCGCAGAUAUCCCUAUUACCGGGAAACCUACAGAAGUCAGAAUGGGAAGAGGAAAAGGAAAUCCUACGGGUUGGAUUGCUCGUGUGUCCACGGGACAAGUCCUAUUUGAAAUGGAUGGUGUGAGUUUGUCAAAUGCUCGACAAGCCGCUACAUUAGCGGCGCAUAAACCAUGUUCGUCAACCAAGUUUGUUCAGUGGUCGUAACGUAAUUGGUUAGUGGGGAAAAACCAGGCCGGGAUUCAAAAGAUUUAGGCGAAGGGUUUGUUCCUGAACGAGGGAAGUGGAAAGACACUAAGGGAGAGGGAUAUACUCCUUUUUUUUGAAUCGCCGAAAUUGUACGACUGUUCCAGGCGUACGACC